AGUUGGCUAGAGGCUGCUCUGGUUAGAGAGCAUUUACAUUUUACAACUUGAGAGGAAAGCUUUCCUGGACGUGGUACUGGAUGAGAUACUUUACAAUAGCAACCUGCGGACAGAUCCAUAGGAGUCGGUGAAAGCAGACACAAACCUCUUCUAUAGUUGGACAUCAGAAAUUCAACCCCUCUGGUAAUCAAAAAGCCUCUGUCAAGUAGGUUUGCUCUCAGAGGAGUUGUUCUGUUAUCUUAAAGAGGAACACAGGUGACAGUGCUUGGAAAAAGAGAAAGGAUCACAGCAUGGGAGCUGGGACUUCUACAGGACAGGUCGAGGACAAGACCAACGAAGAACAAGCUGAGCAAUACGUUGACCUGGGACUACAGGAGCAAGAUGGUCAAGAGGUGGAGGUCAACGUAGCAGGUGAUGCCAAGUUGCUUCACACAAAUGGUAAAAUAGCCAUAAUCAACGGGGCCACUGAGGAAGGAGUGGAAGAAGGACUACAGGUCUCAGAUGUAAAUGGACAUGGGAUCGGAGAAGAAAUAAUAGCAGUUGUUAAAGAAGUUGAGCAACAAGAGCCAGCAAGUGUAACACUGGACAAGGAAGCAGCUGAAGACAUGGGGAUUGUGCAUAAUGAUAUCACUGCAGAAGAAACUGCAAAGGAAGAUGAUCAAGUCGAAACACCAGAAGCCAUUGAUAUAACACCAGAGUCUGAAGAGAAAGCAGAAUCUCCAGGACAAGCCAAUGAAAAUCAGAACAAUGAAGUAGGGUUCAAGAAAGUAUUUAAAUUUGUGGGCUUUAAAUUCACAGUAAAAAAAGAUAAAACUGAGAAGUCUGAACCUGUACAACUUCUAACUGUGAAAAAAGAUGAAGUUGAAGUAAAUGGCACAGACAAUCAGAUAAUCGAGGAGCAUAUUAAUACUGAUAAUACUGAAGAUGCAAAGACCGAAAUCCAAGACCCCAACAAUAGUGAGCAGCCUUCUGAAAGUCCAGAUAAGCCAGCACGGGGUGCUGAAAGUCCAAAUGAAACCCCUGAAGAAAAUCAAAAGAAAGUGGAACAAUCUGAAGGGGAAAAAGAUCAAAAGUCCCCAGAGUCUCCUACAAAUGCUGUUGUCACUGAAACAUCUUCACCAUUUAGGAGAUUUUUCACUCAAGGAUGGGCUGGACUAAGGAAGAAGACAAGCUUUAAGAAGUCAAAAGAGGAAGACCCACAGGAAGUUGAGAAACAGAUCAAAGUUGAAGAGCAGGAAAAGAAUGAAGUACCCAAGGCUGUAGAAGAGGAGAGCACAACUGAAACACAACCAGCUGAAAAUCAUUCUGUGCUACAGGAAUUAAGUAAAUCUUCAAGUGAAGAUUCAAAGGUGUCUGCUGAGGAAAACAAUGAAAUUGUACCUGAAGACAAACCAAAACAAGAGGAACCUUCACCUGAUGAUGAAGCAGCACUCAAAUUAGAAGGCAGUGUAAAAGAAGAUGAAGAGGUAGCCCCAACAGCAGAAAAUAAAGAGUAUACACCUGAAACAGUGACUUCAGUCCCAGAAGCAAUUGAAUUGUCUAAGGUAAAAGCUGAGGCUGAAACUUUGGAAGACAAUAUUAAAACCCAGACAACUAAUGAAAUCGCUGUAGAACCAGCUGCAGAAGGAAUAAAUGAGGACUUGCAAGGAACAUCUGAGACUAGAGUUGUAGAUAAUGAUCAGUCACAAUUGGUUUCAAGUACUGAAAGUGGCGAUGCCAUCACCACAGAAGCUGAAUUGUUGUCAACACAAGAAAAAGCCAAAAUUCAAGGCAGUCCAUUAAAAAAACUUUUUAGCAGCUCUGGGUUAAGGAAACUUUCAGGAAAGAAAACUAAAAGUAAAAAAGAAGAUGAAGGCAAGAUAGAAAUCACAGCAGAAGCUAUUUCAUCUGAGUUCCCAGAGGCUCCAGAAAUAGAUGGCGGAGAUAGCUCUCCAUCCUCUCCUGAUGAGUCAGCAGAUACAUCUCCCAUAGAAAAAACAUCAGAUGAAGUACAACAGACUACAGAAGUAGAAGGAGAAGGAGCAACAUCUGAUGGUGAAAGAAGAAAAGAUGGAAUCACACCAUGGGCUUCAUUUAAGAAACUUGUCACACCAAAAAGACGCCCAAAGCGACCAUCUGAAAGUGAUAAGGAGGAUGAGGUUGAAAAAGCAAAAACUUCAACUAUGUCUUCUACAGAUAGUGCAGGUACUGGUGAAAAUCAGGAAGAACCCAAAGAGAUCAAUGAAGAACAAAAACUUGAAAAAAGCACAGAAGAAAGCAAAAAGAAAGUUGACACUUCAGUGUCAUGGGAGGCUUUAAUUUGUGUUGGUUCUGCCAAGAAAAGAGCAAGAAAAACUUCUGAUUCAGAUUCAGAUGAAGGAAUAAAAUCUCAAGAUGAAGCUAAGAAAACAGAAGAAAUUGUACCUGCUAAGGAAACUGAUUCUGAUAGCCCUAUUACAAGUUCACAGGAACAACAAAUACAAGAAAGUACAUCACCAGAUCAAACUGGCAGUCCUACAGAAUCGGAUGGGGUAUCUACUUGGCAGUCUUUUAAAAGACUUGUCACUCCUAGACGCAAGUCAAGAACAAGAGUAGAAGACAAAACUGAUGAAAAUGCUACAGCAGCCAAUGCAGAACAGUCAACCUCAGAGGGUGAGGCUGGUAAAGAAGAAAAUUGGGUUUCAUUUAAGAAGCUGAUUCCAGGGCGAAAGAAAAAAAAAUCUGAAGGCAAACAAGAACAUGCUCCUACUACUGAAGCUGAUCAGGCAUUAAAUGAAGCAGCUGAAGAUGAUUCUGAUGAACCUGCAGUAGUUCCUUUAUCAGAAUUUGAUGCUGCAGAGCAGGAAAAACUAGAUGCUCAAAUAUUGGAAGAAGCUCUACCAACUAUUGGUGGAGAACAAGAAGGGCCUUUUGAAAAGUCUACCGAAGAACUUAUUCAUGCAGUAACAGUAACUGUAAUUGAAGGAGAAAGAGCAAUAACUAGUCUAGAAGAAAGGUCUCCAUCCUGGAUCAGUGCAACAGUUUCUGAAAAUAUUGAGCAUGCAAAAGAAACUGAAGAAGCCAUUGAAAGAAUAAAAACAGAGGUCACAGUUGAAGAGACCGUGGUGCUAAGCACAGUCUCCCAGGUUAUGACAGUAGUACCAAACACAUUAAUGAAUGAGAUGGAGUUAACAUCAGAAGCUUUAACAGCACUAGAGGAAGCAAUAGAAAAUUCAUGUGCUGAAGAGACAACGGAAAUGAUAUCUGCUGUUUCACAACUAGGUGAGUCAGUUGUUUCAACUGAAGAAGCUACACCUGUGCCAGAGGAGGAUGCAACUAUGAAGACUUUAGAAGACCAAAAGAAGCAUACUGAAAGUAUACUACAUGAAGCAGCAGAAAAGGCAAAACUAACAAUCAAUACAUUUCAAUUGCAAACAUCUCAAGAUGUAACUGAUGUCUCUGCUACAAUGGAGGACAAGGAGAUAGUUUGUGAGUCUGCUCCCCUGUGUGCUGAAGAACAAACACUUUUAACCCCUGUUUCCUUAGAAGCUCAAGAUAUUACAAGUACCAUAGUAAGUGCUGAAGAGACUGUUGAGCAAAUAUGUAUUUCUGUCUUUCAGAAAACAAAGGAAAGUGUCACUACUUCUGAAAAUGUUCAGAAUUAUUUAAAUACCCCAGUUGCCACUUUAGACCAAACUGUUAACAUUUGUAUCAGUGCCUCACUUUCAAAAGAAGAACAGGCUGAUAAAUCUACCUUGCUGGGUACUGACAAAAGUGAUGUACAUCUUUCAACUUCAUCUGAGGAUCAGGUUGUAGAAGAAACUCCAGUUGUCACUGAGUCUGUAGUUAAAGAUAGUACCACUGAUUUGGAAGUUGUUUGUGCUAAAGUUGACUCACGUUCUGCAGAAGAUAUAAAGAAAAAUGAUGACCUAACUAGUUCAACUGACGUGAAAGAAAGUGUGCUUGCCUUAGCUGAGAUACAGGAUGAAGAAGUUAGUACUGCAGUGGGUCAAGUUCAGAUUGCAGAUAAUGCCUGUACAUCAAAUGAGUUACAGACUAAAGAAAGUGUCUUUGCAUCAGUUGAAGUUGUACCAGUAUCAAGAGAAGUGCAACCUGAAGAAGUUGUAUCUGUAUCAAGUGAAGUGCAGCAGGAAGAAGUUGUACCUGUGUCAAGUGAAAUACAGACUGAAGAUGUUGUAGCUGGUUCAAGUGAAUAUCAGCCUGAGGUAAUUGUAGCUUUAUCAAGUGAAGUAAAGUCUGAAGAAAAUGUUACCCAAUCAAGUAAAAUACAUUCUGAAGAAGUUGCCCCUGUAUCAAGUGAAGUGCAGCCUGAAGACGUUGCACCUGUAUCAAGUAAAGUGCAGCCUGAGGAAAUUCCACUAUCAAAUGAAGCGCAGCCUGAAGAAGUUGUAACUGUAUCAAGUGAAGUUCAGCCUGAAGAAGUUGCACCUGUAUCAAGUGAAGUUCAGCCUGAAGAAGUUGCACCUGUAUCAAAUGAAGUGCAGUCUGAAGAAGUUGCACCUGCAUCAAGUGAAGUUCAGCCUGAAGAAGUUGCACCUGUAUCAAGUGAAGUGCAGUCUGAAGAAGUUGCACCUGCAUCAAGUGAAGUGCAGCCUGAAGAUGUUGCACCUGUAUCAAGUAAAGUUCAGCCUGAAGAAGUUGCACCUGUAUCAAGUGCAGUGCAGCCUGAAGAUGUUGCACCUGUGCAGCCUGAGGAAGUUGAUCAUGUAUCAAGUGGUGUGCAUCCUGAAGAAGUUGCACCUGUAUCACAUGAAGUGCAGCCUGAAGAAGUUGCACCUGUAAUAAUUGAAGUGCAGCCUGCGGAAGGUUUGCAUAUUUCAAGUGAACUGCAGUCUGAUGAAGUUGUACCCAUAUUAUGUGAAGUGCAGCCUGAAGAUGUUGAACCUGUAUUAAGUGAAGUGGAGAUGGUAAAAGCACUAUCCACAGCAAGUGAGGUGCAGCUUGAAGACUCAAAUGAGGUGAAACCAGAAGAAUGUGCUCCUGUGUCUGUUGAGAUGGAGUCUGAAGAAGGUCUGAAUGUGCCAGUUGAAAACAAGGUGGAAGAAUAUUUCUCUGUUUCAGAUGAUGCACAGGCUGAAGAAGGUAUCACUGUUACAGCUGAGCUUCAGACUGAAGAAAGUGUUCCUGUGUUAAAUAAAGCACAAGAUGAAGCAAGUGAGAGUGUGCUAUCUGAAGCAAAGAUUGAAGAAAGUAGUUCUGUGUUGGCUGAUGCGAGCAUUAACAAAGUUGCCCCUGUUAUAGCUAAUCUUCAAGUGGAAGAGCAAGCUCCUGAAUCAGUUGAGAUGCAGGCUGAUGAAAGUGCCCCUAUAUUAAAAGCGGCUGAAGAUAAUGUGCAAGUAGAUGAAGGUACUAAUCUUUCAGCUGAUGCACAGCCUGGAGAAAAACCCUCUGUUUUAGAUGAAUCACAGGCUGAAAAUACUUCCUCUGUGUUUGCUGAGGCUCAGGACAGUGCCCAAGUAUCAUCUAAUGUGCAAACCGAAGAAGUUGGUCAUAGGACAUCUGAAGUACAGGCUAAAGAAGUUUCCCUACUGUCAGAUGAAUUGCAGGCUGAAGAACGUUCCCAAGAGUCAGUUGAGUUACAGACUGAAGAAAGUGUGGACCUUACACAAGUAUAUACUGAAAAAAUUGCUCCUGUUGCUGUUGAACUAAUUAGUGAUGUACAAUCUGAAGUCUGUGAAGUGCAAGCUGAGGAAGUUACUGAAUCAGUUGAGAUUCAAGAUGAUGGUAAUGCAAGUGCUGCUGUAAUCGAUGGACAUAAGGAACAUAUUGAAGAAGUUACUCCUGUUAAUAAGGUAGAUACUGAAGAAAAUGUUUCAAAGGUAGCUGAGAAUGAUGCCCAAGAAAGUGAAAGGGUUCUGGUUUCAACAGAAGAUAGCUGCAGUUAUAGCCAAAUACAGAAAGUAAUUACUGAAGGAACAAUGGCAGUGACUGAUGUAUUGCUAGCUGAACCGCAAACUAGUGAAUUACAGAGUGAAAACACCUGUACGUACAGUGACAACACUGAAUUCAAAGAUACCCCACCAACCACUCCACCGGAAGAGGCAAAAGAACCUGAAGAAGAAGGUAAAGACAAAAUAACUCAUAGUCAAGAAGAAAUUGUGGAAAUUAUUAAGGAAGAGGAAGUUGUCACUUCAGAUAUUCCAGAGCUGGAAAGCUCAGAGGCCAUCAAAGCAUCUGAGCCAGUUACAGCAGCUGCAGUAGAAGAACAAGUCUUAACAGAGACUGUGAAAAACAUUGAAAUACCCCAAGAUAGCAUAGAGCCUUCAGAUACGGUGGAUCAUGACAGAAGAUCUGAAGAUAUUGAAGUAUUAUCCAAUGGCGUACAGGUCAUAGCAGAGUCUGUCUCUCAGAAAGCUGCAGCUAUUGUAGAUGCUGCAAUUGAAGCAGCUACAAAUUGUUUUGUUGUUGAUGCUACCCUCCAAGACAAAGCACUUGAAGAAACUACUGUAUCUGAACAUGUAGAGAUAACUGAAAAAACUAACGUCCAAACUAUAUCUAUUGAAUCAUGCAGUACAACUAUUGUACAAAGUAUCAUUGAAACAGCAGUGGAAACCAUAGUAAGCAACAUUCAUAUAAAUAAAACAGUUAGUAUUCAAGGACAGAAUCUGGAAAAUGAAAUUGAUUCACAACUUCAAGAAACUGCACCUGUUCAUGAGCCCAUCAAGUCAAGUGAACAGCUUGAAGAAAGUGAACAAGAAUUAAUGAGGAACACAGGUAAAGAAUCCGAGUCUGCUAUUGUGGCUCAUAUUCAAGACGAGAAUGAACAUCAAACAUCCACUCAAGCUUCAGAGGUGAAUGCUCAGGAAAAAGCACCAACUGUUGAAUCAUGAGACCUCAUUUUGCAGAUUAUGAUGAAUAACCGAAGAAAUGAGAAUGUGAAGGCUGCUGAAGCUACCAAAGAGGUGGAAGCUGUAAUGUGAAAAAAGAUGACAAUUCUAAAUUAUGAAUUCUAAAGAUGGAGCACACCUGUCUUCAUUAAUAAGAAUGAACUGUUUGACAAUCCUGAGGUCUCAUCGGGAGCUUAACCAGAUUUGUCCCUUGCUCUUAAAUAUUUUUCUGCAUUCUUGUUUAGAUGCUAAAUAUUAGGAGGCAGAAUCCUAGGGGUUUCUAUUCCAAUUUGCCUUUUAAAGGUACCUGGCACCAAAGUCUUACAUCUGUAUUAAGGCUGUAUGUUUGAAAUAUCUCAUGGUAUAUUGCCGGAGUUAUAUGUUUCCAUAAAACUGUCCAAAACUCUAGGGGACAUCUUGUGUAUUUAUGUGUAUAUCAACGUCUUGUUUGUUUCAUUUAAAUUACUGUAUAUUUCCUUAUUUUCAAGUCUAUAUGUAUUAAAGGAGAAGAAAACAGCAAACUAGCUUAGCAUACAAUGCCUUACAAGUGAAGCUACCUGCAUGUGAUCUACACAUAAUAUAUUAACAGCUUUUCCUUAAAAUGCAACUUGGCUAACCAAAAGCUGGAACUGGCAAUGCAGCAGAGCUUAAGAAACGUUUGCUGUUUUAUUGUCUUUGAAAGUAAAUCUUGGUUAAAAAAAAAGCUGUGGAAGGCUACUUUCACACUAGCGUUUUGGCUUUCCGGUUGUGAGAUCCGUCAUGGGCUCUCACCACUGGUCUAAAACGGAUCAGUUUUGCCCUAAUGCAUUCUGAAUGGAAAAGGAUCCGCCCAGAAUGCAUCAGUUUGCCUUCCGCACUGGAGGCGGACACCAAAACGCUGCCUGCAACGUUUUUCUGUCCGUCCUGGUGGGAUGCGGAGUGAGACAGAUCCGUCCUGACACACAAUGUAAGUCAAUGGGGACGGAUCCGUCUUGGCUAUAUAAGACAUAAUGCAACCAGAUCCGUUCAUGAAGGAUGCAUGCGGUUGUAUUAUUGUAAUGGAAGCGUUUUUGCAGAUCCAUGACAGAUCCGCAAAAAACACUAGUGUGAAAGUAGCCAAAGCAGUUUACAGUGACAUUUAAAUUAUUACCCAAAGUUAUUAUAAAUGAUACAUACCUAUAUUAAGUGCACUAUAAACUUUAUUAAGACACAGUUUCAGUUCUUUUUUAUUUUAUUUACUUUUGCUUUCAAAUCUGUCACAUACGGUAUAUGAUCUGUGUAAUCGCAGUUUUGCACCUGAAUUAUCUACAGGGGACAAAAAUGACUCAAGAAUGAAAGGUCUUUGCAUUUCCUUAUUUCUGGUGUGGACAAUUCUAGUGGAAAAUCCCCAUGUAUGUUUGAUCUGCAGACUUUUUACUUGGCCUGUUUUAUGUGUCUUUCAUUAUGCUUCUGUACAUUUUGCUAAACUGUGAUUUCUAAACAAUAUAAGUUUAAAUAAAACUUUCGCUUUUA